CUCUCUGUCUCUGUCUCUCUCUCUCUCUCCGUUCUCUGAUUCUUUUCUUUAAACGGCGUAACGGACUUUUCAUCUAAAAAAAACUCCGUUACUCGUUAUCUUUCACUGUCACGUGCGUUUUCGAAUUUUUUUUUUUUAAAAAAAAGAAAGAAAAUUUUUUAUCGAUUAUUUCUCUUCGAUUUUUAUGGCCUCGGAGCAGUUAAGCAUGGCUGCGACUCCUGACCCAAUUGACGGCCGGAAAGACGCCGUCAACGCCGCCAUUAACGGCGUUGAAUCCCGUCCGCUUUCCGUCGAUUGCGGGGAUGACGUCAGCAAAGCUCCGAGGCUUCCUCGUUGGACGAGGCAGGAGAUACUUGUGCUCAUACAGGGGAAGAGAGUGGCGGAGAAUCGGGUCAGGCGAGGACGGGCUGCCGGAUUAGCCUUCGGGUCGGGUCAAGUGGAACCGAAGUGGGCUUCGGUUUCGUCGUACUGUAAGCGGCAUGGAGUGAACCGGGGACCGGUUCAGUGCCGGAAACGGUGGAGCAAUUUGGCGGGGGAUUUUAAGAAGAUCAAGGAAUGGGAGAAUAACACUAGGGAAGAGAGUGAAUCAUUUUGGGUGAUGAGGAAUGAUUUAAGGAGGGAAAGGAAGUUGCCUGGGUUCUUCGAUAAGGAAGUUUACGACAUCCUCGACGGCGCCGCCGCCGUUUCUUCCGCCGUGGAAAUCCCUGAUUCGGUCGUGGCUCCAGCUUUGGCUUUGGCUUUAACCCCAACUCCAGCAGUUCAGGACACGGCGGAGGAUAACGAAGCUGUUUUCGAUAGUGGACGGAGCGCGGCAGCGGAAGACGGCCUGUUUUCGGACUUCGAACAAGACGACGGUGCUGGGAGCCCAGAAAAAGUGGAGCUACCGGUUUCCGCCGACGCCGGAAAGUCGGUUCCCGCUCCAAUCCCUAUUUCAGAGCAGCAGCACCAGCAACAGCCAGCUAUCCCAGGGAGCAAGAGUCAAGGUGCAACAAAGGAGAAACAUCCAACCUCGAACCCCGAGGUCGGUUCUGCUUCUCAAGAAGCAAGGAAGAGGAAACGGACGGAAACCAAUGGAGACGAAGAACCGGACAACAGUCCACAAUACCACUUGAUCGACGUCUUGGAAAAGAACGGUAAAAUGCUAGUCGCUCAACUCGAAGCUCAAAACACCAACUUCCAACAGGAAAGGCAGCAACGUAAAGACCACGCCGAUAGCUUAGUCGCCGUCCUCAACAAGCUCGCCGAUGCUCUAGGGAGGAUCGCCGACAAGUUAUAACCAGGAAGAAGGCGAAUCGUAAUGCGUUUUUUUGUACAUAAAAACCGAGUACUACGAUGCAGGUUCGAAGCAAUAGAUGGUAGCUGAAAAAGUUGGAAAUUUAUGGAUCAAACCUUGAUUCAUUUUAUUUGUCUACAUAAUUCAUAUUUUAGUUUCUGCCCUGUAGUGCCCAUAUACACGACUAAAUAAGGUUUUCUUUUUAGAAUUUUGAAGAUCCAUAUACAAAAUCUCUAUUUUUCUUUUCUCUGUAAUACAUAUGAGAUUAUAUGAUUCUAAUAUAUAUAUUUUUUGCAUUUUGAA